AUGGUUCAUAUCCCCUUUGAUCCGCGUACUAUCGGAUAUGAUGAUCAUCAUACGGCUUUCAGUCAAAUAGGAGGAGGGACUGGUGAAAAUUAUUAUUAUUUUCGCGGACUUAAUCCUUAUCAACGUGGAUACGGAAGACAAAUGGGUGGUGGAGUUGGAGAUGUACUUAGAAAUUUUUGGCGUUUCCUUUUACCUUAUGCAAAACGCGCGGGAACAGCUGUAGCAAAAGAAGCAUUGGAUACUGGAGGAAGAAUUUUAGAAAGUGUGGGAAACCCAGAAUAUGAUCAGGAAGCAUUUAAACCAAAUUUUAAACAAACAGUAAUUAGUGAAGGAAGACGUGGAUUAGAUAGAUUACUUGAGAAGGGUGGAAUGCCAAAGCAGUUUGGAACCGGAUUGCAAGAGAGUGAUAGUAUAAAAGGACUCAAAAGAAAGCGUAAACCCCAUUCAUCAUUUUCAAAAGAAAAAAGUCAUCAAAUCAUUAUUGGUAAACCGUCUCAUAGUUCAAAAAAGAAACGUCAAAAAAUAGAUACUUUCGGUCUUUAUUAA